AAGCUUAUCUCUUCCCUUUUACCUUCUUUCCUUCUCGCUCGCGAGUGCUCACCACAAUGGGCGCCGAAAAGACAGAUGCUACUGCUUAUCACACAAGCAAAGGCGAAUUCUCUGACGGCUCAGAUCAUGAUACAGAGUCUAUUCAGGGGCCAGCCCACCACACCCUGCAGCGUAAACUCAAGAAUCGUCACAUCGCCAUGAUCAGUAUUGGCGGUGUCAUCGGUACUGGUCUUUUUGUUGGAACAGCGAACUCUCUGUCGUGGGGAGGUCCCGUCGGUCUAUUGCUUGGCUACCUCGUCAUGGGCUCCAUUGUCUAUUCUGUUAUGAUCACUUUGGGAGAAAUGGUUGCUUUCCUGCCCAUACCUGGUGGUCACAUCAAGCUGGCCGAGCGCUUCAUUGACCCUGCGUUCUCGUUUGCCAUGGGUUGGAAUUACUGGUAUAACUGGACCAUUGUCUCACCUGCUGAGCUUUCCGCUGCUGCAUUAUUGAUGAACUUUUGGAAUAAUACUGUCAAUGAUUCAGUAUGGGUCGUCAUGUGUCUUGUCGUCGUUCUCACCAUUAAUAUGCUCGGUGCUGGUGCUUACGGCGAGGCGGAAUUCAUAUUUGCGUCCAUCAAGGUCAUCACAAUCACCGGUCUUAUUAUUCUUGGUAUAGUCAUCGAUUUGGGAGGUGGCCCAGACCAUGACCGCAUUGGAUUCCGCUACUGGAAGAAUCCUGGACCAUUCGUUCAGUAUAACGGCAUCUCAGGUGCUAAAGGCCGAUUCCUUGGCUGGUGGGCCGUUAUGACGCAGGCGGCGUUCUCAUUCAUUGGAACCGAAAUUGUUGCUAUUGCUGCUGGAGAAGCAAAGAAUCCUCGUAAAACCUUGCCCAAGGCCAUCCGUCGAGUAUACAUCCGUAUCUUGCUUUUCUACAUCGGUGGAACAUUCAUCAUCGGUCUUCUUGUACCAUCCAACAACCCAUUACUCAAAUUGAACAGUGGAACUGCCCAGUCCCCUUUCGUCAUUGCUAUCGAAGCAGCAGGAAUUAAAUCUCUACCUUCAAUUAUCAAUGCCUGUUUGUUGACCUCGGCAUGGUCCGCCUCAUCUAGUGACUUGUAUACUUCGUCUCGUGCAAUUUACGGUCUUGCAGCGUCAGGAAAUGCGCCCAAGAUUUUCCUCAAAACCACCCGCAACGGGUUGCCUUACGUUGCUGUUCUCUUCUGCGCCUCUUUCUCGCUCCUCGCCUUCAUGGCUGUGUCCCAGGGUGCGGGCCGGGUGUUUGACUGGUUUUCCAACAUGACAGCCGUCGCUGGUCUUAUGACGUGGUUCGGUAUUUCGGUGACGUACCUCCGCUUCUACAAGGGCAUGAAAGCCCAAGGCAUCGACCGCAAGACACUCCCCUACCACACAAACCUCCAACCAUACGCAGCGUGGUGGGGAGUAGUCUCAACGCUCACCAUCUGUUUCUUCAGCGGAUGGAGCGUCUUCCUCAAAGGAAACUGGAGCACUGCAACUUUCGUCACCAACUACAUCCUUCUCAUUGUCUGGCCGAUCAUGUACGUCGGUGCUCGCAUCUACUACCGCACCAAGCCCGUGGCUCCAGAGGACAUGGACUUCAAGAGCGAUCUAGCUCAAAUCGAGGCUGAUACAUAUGACGAACCUCCACCAAAGAACAAGCUUGAGGCAUUCUGGCGCUGGCUGAUGUAAUUAUACCUCGAGCCCCUUGGAUUAUUGUCAAUUAUAUCACAUGUUUGUAGUAACCCUUCGAUUUGUCCAACAUACCUGGCUGUUUGUUGCAUGUCACUGUCAACUCUACCUAUAUAAUAAUAUCUAGUCAAAUUGAAUAUCGACUUGCAAUUAACCAUCA